GGAAAAAACAAAACAAAAAAACAACUGCUGAUUGAUCGAGGAACAUACACAAACGCUGAAGCUCAUUUUACCCAAACACACACAAACACACGGUGGUCUUUACACACAUUCUUUUAUUCCACAACACUAUAAAUACACUGACUGAGUGACGCACUGAAGGCCACACACGGCCGACACAGCCCCCAACACUUACUGCACAAAUAGCUGCAUGAAAAUAUUUCUCUAAUUCCUGGCGGUGUCCACAGUGUAGGUCUUUCUUCUUGUGCUGUGAUAAACGUCGGUGGCCUUUCAUCUGAUGUUUGUGACUGAGUAACGCUCGUCUGAGAGCCCAUCUUCCCCCGCCUCUGUCCCUCAUAAAUCGCAUGAAAUACCCAGUACGGCCCUCUUUCCUCCAUUAACCCUCCCCAGUUUCUUCCACCCAGUCCAUCCCCCUCCCCAUUCUCUUCCUCCUGAACGAGUGAUCAAUUAAGGCGCUGUCCAGCACUGGAUGCGAGUCAGCACUUUCCCGGCUCCUCCUAUGCCCUCACUUUGUCAUUUUUCUCUUCUUUUUGGCCGUCGUGCCAGGCUCUGUCAACAGAGAGCCAGGGAGAGAACACAGCAGCCCAGAGGUGAUGGGGGGAAAUAGUGAGCAUUUGUUAUUUUCAAGAUGAGAAACUGUCUGUACAGGUGUGACUGCUCGGGUGUCAAAAUGUGCCGGGAGGAAUGCAUCCUACUGAAGAAGAUCCUUGACGGGGGAAGUGAAACCAGACAGAAAAUAGAGAGAGGUGUGGAGUUAAACUAUUUGUAGAACUUCCCCUACACAUUGUGUAGCAGCUUACAUUGACCACAACAGAGAGAGACACUGAGUCAGUAACUGAGUAAACGCCAUGACCAACGGAGUCUUGGGGCAAACACAAACACCAGUGAAUGCAAAUGUCUUAGGCCACGUCCAAGUUAAACAAAAGUGGAAUUCCGUGAUUUAGUUCUCUGUACGUUUUCUUAGCAGUAACAAUACGGUGGAUUUGACCUAUAAAACAAAACCAGGACAUAAAUACUCAACUGUCCAUCUGCAUCAAAGACAGAAUUCAGGACAGAUGGAGUACCAUCUGGAGCAGCAUCAACAGAGGCGCUGAAUCAAGACACCAAGCAUCAGCUAGCUUGAUUGUCGCUGUUACAUACAUGCUGUCAAUAGCUGGGUCCAGUAAUAGGAGGAAGGGAGGGAGGGGUUGCAGCGAAUCAGCGCUGCAGACCGAGCUCCGCGCUUACACUGUCACCUCCCCUCGGUCCAGCUGUCAUUUGACAGCGGCACACAUGAGCACCACUGUUAUUGCAGUGGUGAGUCUUUGGUACCUGUGUGAACAUACGUCUAAACACCGUUCAGUUCACGGACAUAACAGGAUACGCGGCUGUUUCUCCAGAGAGAGAACGAUCGGCGCAGUAGGUGUAGUGCGCAGCUAUUACUAGUUAGCAUCGUAGGCUAGCAGGGGUUUGAGCGGACUCGGUCGGUGGGCAGAGUGCGCAGGCGAAGGUCGGUGCGGACUAACGUUAGCUGGAUAUCCGGAGCCAUCAGCCCACCAUUUUUUUGCUCGAACGGUUCGGUUUAGAGCUGCGUGACGCCUCACCCGUUCUUUCUUGUGUCACUGCCCUGUGUGUUUUUUCGUUUUAUGUCGAUUUGGCUCACAUUUCUGUGCCGAUGUGUUGCUAGCCUAGCAAGCUAGCGGGCAAUGCUAACGGCAGCUAAGUGAUAGAGAGCUCAGAGCUCCAGGAGAGGGAAGGAAGGAAGAGAGGUGACUUAUGAUGUGGGCUGAGGGAGGCGACCAUCUCAAGAGGAGCAACUAUACUAACUUAUAACACAUAGCAGUGUUGUUUCUGCCCUCCACACCUUUUCUCAUCGUCAUUGAAACACAGCGUCCGCCUAGCUGCGCGGGGCGUUGGAUGAAGAAAAAGAACUGGGACGCUUUGAUUUCCGACCAGGCUAAAUGAAUAGUGUUGGGUGUUGCUGAGUCGUGAACCGGUGGCUGCUGUGCCAGUUUCAAGGAGGCAAGAGGGAUACCUAGAGCGGAUUAUCGGAUAUUAAAGGGACAGUCUUGCUUUCUUUCGUUACUGUUGAAGAUGGCUUCAGCAAGCAGCAUUGCCGCAUCCAUUGCGAGCAAAACGAAGACGAAGAAAAAGCACUUCGUGGCUCAAAAAGUGAAGCUGUUCCGUGCCAGCGACCCUCUGCUCAGCGUGCUUAUGUGGGGAGUCAACCACUCGAUAAACGAGUUAAGCCAUGUUCAGAUUCCCAUCAUGCUCAUGCCUGAUGACUUCAAGGCCUAUUCAAAGAUCAAAGUGGACAACCACCUCUUUAACAAGGAAAACAUGCCCAGCCAUUUCAAGUUUAAAGAGUACUGCCCCCUGGUGUUUCGAAACCUCAGAGAGAGGUUUGGCAUUGAUGAUCAGGACUUCUUGAAUUCUCUGACACGUAGUGCUCCGCUGAACAGUGAAGCCCAGGGACGAAGCGGUGCACGCUUCCACACUUCUUAUGACAAACGCUAUGUCAUUAAAACCAUCAGCAGUGAGGAUGUUGCAGAAAUGCACAACAUUUUGAAGAAAUAUCAUCAGUUCAUUGUGGAGUGCCAUGGUAACACGCUUCUGCCUCAGUUUCUGGGGAUGUACCGGCUGACUGUGGAUGGAGACGAGACAUACAUGAUAGUUACCCGCAAUGUUUUUUCCCACCGCCUUUCUGUCUACAAAAAAUAUGAUCUCAAGGGCUCCACUGUCGCAAGAGAAGCCAGCGACAAAGAGAAGGCAAAGGAGCUGCCCACCUACAAAGACAAUGACUUCAUCAAUGAUGGGCAGAAGAUCUAUAUUGAUGAUGAAAACAAGAAAAUGUUUCUGGAGAAGCUGAGGAAAGAUGUGGAGUUCCUGGCCCAGCUGAAACUCAUGGACUACAGUCUUCUGGUCGGAAUCCAUGACGUGGAGAGAUCUGAGCAAGAGGAGGUAGAGAGCGAGGAUAAUGAGUUGGAGGAUGAGGGGGAGAGUGACGGCGGGGGCAUUGGGACACCCCCGGACAGUCCCAGCAACACACUUGAUAGCACCAAGCCUCUGUCCCCCGGAGAGUUCGAUCCCUCUAUUGACGUCUACGCCAUUAAAAGCAAUGAGAGUGCUCCCCGGAAGGAGGUUUACUUCAUGGCUGUCAUAGAUAUCCUACAGCACUAUGAUGCCAAGAAGAAAGCCGCACAUGCUGCAAAGACCGUCAAACACGGGGCCGGAGCAGAAAUUUCCACAGUGAAUCCUGAGCAGUACUCAAAGAGGUUUUAUGAUUUUAUCAACACUAUCUUGUCAUAGCCUCCAGGAGCAACAGGGGCCACAGGGGCACCAGGAGGGAGGGAGGUAGAGAGAGAGGGAGGGAGGGAGAGAGGGCAAGAGAGGAGAAGUGACGGAGAGAAUAAUAGAAAAAAUAGAGGGGAUGAAAAAUUACCGGCAGCAAUAGUGUUGUACCUCUCCCACUUGUCCCUUCUCUUCUCCACUCCUCCUACUCUGCUCCACUCUGUCAGUGGAGUGCCACACUCUGCAGCUAAAAAGAGAAACAUCAUUCGUUUACAUUUAACCUCUCCUCUCAGUUUUCUUGAUGUGUUUCUUUGGAUGACAAGGGUGUUAAAAGCAUGUGUAUAAGUCAGUACUUUUACACUUUUUUUUUUUAAAACAAUUUUGUUUCUUUUGACUGUGGUUGUUUUUGCAGCAAUGUUUUUUUUAUUGCCUCUAAUGUUCAGCAGCCUGAAAUAUUUUUUAAUAAGUAGAUGUUUGUGUUUUAAUCGUGGUGUUCAGAAGCAGGUUGAGGAAGGUUUGAAAUUGUACAGAAUGUAAAAAAAAAAACAGAUUAGGACACAAGUCCCACUUUCAGGGAUAAAGUCGAGUGGAAUGAACAAAGAAAGGAACAACGUUGAGCCUCGCUUGAUGCAAUUGCUUUUUCUUCAGGAAGUAGAAGGCAGUCUUCCAAUAGGCCAACAGCCAGAAACUCUCCAUCCCUCCUCCUGAAAAAACAAACUUGUCUUAGUUCUUUCUCCUUAACUCACCUCCAGGCUCUUAUCCUCUCAUUUCUUCACCUGUACAGAUUAUAAAUAAUGAAAUGUUCAAUCCCACAUUUCUCUACGGCUGAGAUGAAUUCUUUUGUCGCAAUAAGUCGUCGCGCUUCUUUCCUGCACUUGCACCACAGAGUCUCUCCUGCACUGUCUUGAUCCUUGCUUUGUAGUGAUGCACAGCCACCUGAUGUGACUGAGGAAAAAAAAUAAGAAGAGGAAGAGGCUUCUGUUUAAUGUCAUUUUUGCUCUUAACAGAUUGAGGCAUUGUUCUUCUAGUCAUGAUUUCUGUUCCUGUGACUGAGUUGAGUAACUGUAUUUCUCGGUAAUGCUCCUCUGAUCGAAACAACAGCCGUAGCCUAGCACUUCCGUUGCCAUCAGCACCUUACUCAUAAAAUAUAAACAAAAAAGUUGCACUUUUACGUUGCUAAGAGGUUAAUGCUCUUGUUCCCUUAUGUGUUGUUCAACAAGGAAUUAAAGAACUGAUCUUUCUUAGAAUCAGAGUUUUAAACGCCACUUCUUAAAAGUCAGGCUUUUUGUACAUGGACAGUGAAUAUAUAUUGAAAGUUAUCCAGUCCUCGCAGAAGUCCUUUGUAGUGUCGUCACGUCCAUUUUUGGGUCCAGCAGUUGGGGCUGUCACUUUUUAUGUAGUGCUUGAUCAAUUGUUAGAAUGCAGAGGAGAAAAGGGUGACAAAUGUAUUUUGAAUCAAACAGAAAUUGAACAUCUUACAGUUUUUUAAAGAUAACUUUAAUGAAACUCCAUUUUAGACACUGUAAGAUCAUGUUGUGUUUGUAAGUUGGCUGUUUUCCUGGGAAAGUUGGGAAAUAAACAUUGAAUUUAUACAUACAGCAAUACUGGCUGAAAUUAUACAGUUUGCUCUUUUUGGUUUAGUACAAACUAAUAUGUUGUUAACUUGUUAGCAAGAAAGCAUUUCAGUCUUCCUCGGCCAACAAAUACAAUGGUAUAUUGGGGAGUUUUACCAGACCUAAAAUUAAACUGGACUUCUUUUUUUACCUUUGUGCUGCUCAAUUACCAUAAUAAUGCCUCUGUGCCUGCUUCUCUUUGACACGCUGCUUUAUCAGGCAGCUGUGGUGUAGAUUUUAAAAUCUUUGAAAUUCUACUGUGUUUUAGAGGAUCACUUUGACUUUUGUUCUUGGAAAAAGUGACAGCCCUACUUGUGCAUUCAGGGCAAACAAAAGACCGUUUACCUCCAGCAUCAGACCAACACACACCAGUGAUGGCGUACGGUGUGUUUGAGUCAGUGUUCAGAUUUUUUUUUUUUAUGAAGAGGAGUGAGAAAGAGAAAAAAAAAUACACAGGGAGGAGAGAGGUGAGGAAAAGUCUGUGCAGUUGUAAAGAUGUGUCAGCUGUUCAACACCAACAGCAUCAUUCUCUUCUCUGACCUCAGCUGUGAGUCUGUUACACGUUGUUGUUGUUGUUGUUGUUGUUGUUGUUGUUGACAUUUCUUAAAGGUGGUUUAUCUGUGUUUGAAUUUGGCAGUUUUACCUUGAUGUGGUUGUAUUUUUGUCUAUUUUUUUGUUUGUUUGUUUGUUUUUUGUAUAUUUUGCACAAGAGGAAAGGAACCAAAUGUUACGAAUCUGAUCCCCACUCGUUGAUCGUGGUCUUAACAAGGGAAAUGCAAUAUACUUGUGUGUGUGUGUGUGUGUGUGUGUGUGUGUGUGUCAGUCAGUGAGAGAUGUUGUGCGUGAGUAACGUUGUGUAUCACCUCUGGAUAACCAACUAAAAUGAGUUAAAUCGUCCUGUUUGACUGUCCUUACCCAUGCAAAAAGCUUCCAUUGCAAUAUGUUUGCGUAGAUAUCAUAGAUUAUAUUCACAUUUAUAUUUUUACAUUGGAUUUUACUCAUGAAAUUUAUUAUAUGUAUUUAAAAAAGGAGCCACGUGUGAGUGUGAGUAAUGAUGCUGUGGUAAAUGAAGAAUUGUGGUGCAUGUGUUUGUACAAAAAUUCAAAAAGAUUUGCAAACCACACGACUAAACUCUGUCGCCCCCUACUGUAAAAAGUGUCUCCACUUUUACCACAUUUGUGAGUGGUGUUUGACGUAAAGUUGUCCCCUUCAUGCUUUGGAUAGUGAUUUCUUCCCAUUGUAUACACUGUGCAAGAUGUGUGCCUUUAUACUCCAAAUAAUUUAAUUUUAUAUUUUGUAAUUUUUUUGAAACAAAACCAAUUUAAAGGUUUAUUUUAAUAAUGUUUUUUAACACAUUAUUUUCAUCCCUCCUUCCCCCCCACUUUUUUUCUUUAAUCCUGUUAAAAUUGUUUUUUGUUUUUGGGUGUUCUCAAAUUGUGGGCCAUUAUUGGGAUUGCGGGACUGGAUAGCAGCUUUAAUACUAGAUAAAACUGGGGCAUCAGUUCUUUUAAAUGUUAUCUUGCUUCCAUAGGUUGGGUAAAUUGAUUAGUGAUUUUUAAGACGGUGGUAAAAACAAGAUGUUCAUCACCUCUUGUGACACACAGACUCUAGUGGAACAGAUCCACAUUAAAAUUCUGGAGUGGGGUCUGUUUGCACAGUUGCAGUUACUUAGAGCAGAUUAGUUUCACAAAAUCAGAAUCCAGAGCCUAACUAAAUCAUCACAUAAAACAUCUUAUUUAGUUCCUAAUGGUAAGCUGCAGUACUGCAACCAGAAUACAGUUUUUGCAUAUGUAUUCAGUUAAUAUUAGAGCUACUGCAUCUGUAAUUUUUCAUUUUUUUGCAUUUAGCCCUAGUAGGAAAAAAAUGCUACCAGUGACUCCCAUCCUUUGAGAACCACCUGUCUUUCUUUAUUUCUAUUCUCCUGUGACUGAGGUCUUCUUUUCUCCCACUGUCCUAGCAUUGAUGAGGAAUAACUGUGGAGGCAUUGACAUUUCCUUAUUGUCCCCUGUUUCUUAAUGUGAUUUUGCUAUUCAGUGUUUGUCCAAAAUUUCACAGUGAUGUACACACUUUUUUUUUUCAUAAUGAUAUUCCAGAUGCUCUGGCUAAUUUAGCUUCAUUUUUUUUAAUAACAGGGACUCACUUAAUUAUUACAAGUCAUUGAUCAGGUAAUAUUUCAGUGGUUUUUUUUGUUGUU